CUGGUCUGGCUGGUCUGGCUGGUCUGGCUGGUCUGUGUCUGGUAAGGUGAGGCAGACCAGGUACCCUACCACAUCGAUCGGGAUCCCUAUUUUACUUCUACCUCCUCCUCUCGUCUCCCACCUUCUUCUUCCUUUCUUUCUCUCCUCUCCAUCUUCCAUCUGCAUCACAUCAAACCAAUUCAUCUCAAGCAUCUACCCAAACCAUCUCCCCCAGUGUGUCUGUCCUUUCUGACUUACACACUUCCCACAUUCACACUGAAGCCCCAAAUACGCACACCUUUCACCCACAAACCCACAAUACCGGCAAGAUGAGUGCGAACAAGUCCUCCGCCGUGGCCGACCAGGAGCCCAUUGAUGUGCUCUUCGCUGUCCACGACAAGUUCGACCUUCUUGACUUUGCUGGCAGUCUCGAGGUCUUCCACACGGCCUGCCACGAUUUCCACGAUCCUGAGAACUCCAAGGCCUUUGAGAUUACCAUCGUCGGCCCCGAGCCCAAGGUCAUCUCUACUCAGGGUGUCAUCGUUGGCUCCCAGAUUUCCUACAAGGACGCCCAUGAACGUCUCGAGGACUUUGACCUCCUCGUCGUCGUCGGCGGCAACUCCCAGGAGAUCCUCGACAAGGAGCUCGAGCCCCUUAGCCUCAUCACCGACUUCUCCGAGCUCCAGAAGCGGGACCCUGCCCGCGAGCGAACCAUCCUCUCCGUCUGCACUGGUGCUCUUUUCCUCGCCAAGCAGGGCAUCCUCUCCGGCCUCUCGGCCACCACACACCCAGACCACUUGACCAAGUUUGAGAACCUCUGCAGCGACGCUGCUACACAGACUCUCUUGGAGCGCACCGACGUCAUUGAGGAUGCUCGCUACGUUGUCAACAACCUGCGAUUCGACCUCGGAGACGAGGACGAGAACCCCUACAUCCGCCGCAAGUCCGAUGCUGGCCGCCGCCCUUCUAACGCCCGCAAGGGAAGCAUGUCCUUCAAGGUUUCCAACCGCCGUGAGUCUAUUGCCCGCCGUGCUGCCAUGCGCCUGGGCGGACUUCGCGUGGUGACGUCUGGAGGCGUCAGCGCUGGCGUGGAUGCGGCCCUCUAUCUCGUCAGCGCUAUGGUAGAUGAGGCGUGUGCGGUGGAGGUGGCCAGGACCCUUCAGUGGUCCUGGAACAAGGGCGUUGUCGUCGAUGGUCUCGACGUCUAAGAUCCCUGGCAAUUAGUGCCUACUUUGUAUGAGAAUAUCAAUGGCCGCGUGAUGGGCCUUAAGACCAAUGUUUAGUAUGUAUUACGAUGAAAGAAGUUAGCGAAACCCCAGAAAAAAAUCUUAGGAGCUCUCAAUUCAAUCCAAUUGUUUGAUA